AUGUUCCCAACAAUGAAACUAAGCAUCAGCGGCUGUGAACCAGAUGUUUUCUACUACGUGUUUUUGGACGUAGUACCCGUAGACAAUCGUCGUUAUCGAUAUAUUUAUAACAAAUCAUCUUGGUUAACAGCCGGUAAAGCAGAACCAACACCUCGUAACCGACUUUACAUGCAUCCAGACUCGCCUUUCACCGGUGAACAGCUUUGUAAGCAAGUUAUUUCGUUUGAAAAAGCCAAGUUAACCAACAAUGAAGUGGACAAAACUGGGCAUCUCAUAUUGAAUUCAAUGCACAAAUAUCAACCACGAAUACACGUUGUUAGGCGUCCACGUGAAAGACCUAUUGAGCAGGCAAUAACAAUUGAUUUGCACAGCGAGCAUUACAAAACCUUUCAAUUUAAUGAAACACAAUUCAUGGCAGUUACAGCAUAUCAAAAUCAACUCAUCACAAAAUUAAAAAUUGAAAAAAAUCCGUUUGCAAAAGGUUUUCGUGAUCCAAGUGGACGCUCACCUGAAUACGAUUUAGAUGGCCGUAGUGAUCCCACAUCGGUACUACCACCUAAUUUAUACACUCCAGUUAUGCAGCAAGCCAUAAUGCGACAAUAUUGGGCUAGUAAAAUGCAUGCACGUUUUGCACUUCACCCACAAAUCACGUCGCAAAUGUUUUUCGCAAAUAUUACCACUAUACCUAUGUCAACACCGGUCUUAUCGACAUCUUCCAUAGCUUGUCUUCCACAUUCGUCAUUUGAUAAGAAUUUAUCAAUUGGCAUAAUUACUACUACUGUUAGCACCACUACUAACACUACUCUUAGCAUUACUGCUACUGCUGCUGCUACUGCUACUGCUACGAAUACGACUACUACAAAUAUUGUAAGUAACGGUAGCAACAAAUAUAACUCCAGUGCAGGUAUUCAUGGCAGUAUUACAGGUAGUACUAUCAUGAAAUCCAUAAAAGAAGAUGAUAAGAAGCAUUUAACAGAUAAGUAA